AUGCGUAGAUCAAGGUCUAAAUGGUUGACUGGAUGAUUGUUUUCUGUGUCAUGUAGUCUAAACUUGUUGAAGAUCGACUAUAAAAUUUUACUUUUUUUGUUUUUCUUUUCUCUGUAACUAUUUAGCCCGUCUGCUCGUUCAACGAGCAAGGAAGUAGCGAUGCCGCAGCAACCGCAGCGGCCGUCCCCCCGUGCCCCUCUCCACAACCCUAAGACGUCCAGCUCCGACUCAAGCGGCGCGCGAACUACCCGACGCAGCAGCCCCAACCCAGAGAGCACCCGCCGCCGUUCCCCUCGCACCCCCCUUCAAGAGGUAACCAAUCGCUGAGGAUGUUCAUUUCUGCAACUUUUGGGGGAAUACAUUGUUCAGUCUGCAACUCCUGCAACACGUCGUAUCCGAUUUCUUAGCUACCAGCAGGGAACCAGAGAAAGUUGGGUCCUCCGACUAGAGGCGAAGGGGACCAGAGGAAGAAGAUGGGGACAAAGGCGAGCGAUCUAGAGGCAAAGUUGGGUCGCGCCCAAGAGGAGCUGAGAAAAAUCAAGGAGCAGCUAGUGUCUGCCGAGUCCGCCAAGAAUGACGUCCAGGAUGAGCUUGCAGAGGCAAAGAAGAAGCUCCCCGCCCCCAUGGCCGCCACCACGGGAGAUCAAGCGGACCUCGACCAGAAGAACAGCGGAGAACCAGACAACGAUGAGCCACCACCUGAGGAACCAGGUCUUCACGUAGAGGAAGAUGAAGGCACAGUAAACUUGGCGGAGGAAAAGGUUGCAGAGGAAGAGCACCGAGCGAAGCUCGAAGAGGAAGGGGAGCUCGAACGCUGCUGGACGGAGAACGCCAGUCUGAAGAAACAACUGAUGGAGGCGGAAAAGAGAGCUGUCGCAGCCGAGAACAGGGCAGAGGAGACGGCCCAGCAGCUGAGCCGCUCAGGGGAGGAGCUGGCGGAGGCCAAGCUCAAGGCCAGUCAACUGCAGGAGCGGCUCGAGUCGGUGGAGUGGGCGAGGGCCUCGCUGGAGGCGGAGAUGAAGAAGACGAAGGUCCAGGCCGAUCAGUGGAGGAAGGCGGCGGAGGAGGCGGCGGCUGUGCUGGCGCCCACCGGCGCCGCCGCCUGGCCGAGGGCGACGGCGUGGCCUGCGGCCAUGGGUUACGAAGUGGGCGACGGUGUCUUCACCAGCCUCUGGUCGCCGCUUGCGACUGUUGAGAUGGAUAUGGCUAGAGUUGAGAAGAAGACAGGGGGAAUCCGUAUGUUCGGCGACCUGUGGAAGAAGAAGGGUCCCCAAAGAUUCUAG